AGCUUUCGCUAGUUUUCGGCGUCAAAUAAUGGCCGAACGUUAGGCUAUGUCGUUGGCUAGAAUAAAUUUAUUAAAAAUUAGUUCUUAUUUAGUAACGUUCUUCCUGACCAACGACAAAUUGUUGCUUAGUGACUUUCGUAGUAGUUUUGUGAUUAUUGGUUUCUAAUCUGGAUAGUGAAUGUUGACGAUUUAUGGACAGAACAGUUUGUGAAUUCGUUUAAUUAAUUAAAAUGUUUUUUGGCUAACGACUCCGCGAUGCGUCUGGGAGGGGCGCUGGCAACAUUCAGUCGCUCCGACACUUUGCUUGUGAAGUGAUAGUGUGUAGUGAUAGUGUUUAGUGUUAGUGCCGGGUUCGUGAAGCCCGAUGUUGGCGUCAUGGCCUACCUGAAUAAGAAGAAGCGGUACAAGUUUGGUGUCCAAAUUUGUCUCGAGGAACUAACGGAGGUUCCGUUUGUGUCUGCUGUGCUGUUCGCCAAGGUGCGACUCGACGGUGGAAAUUUCGUGGAUUAUUCAAGCAGAGAGGAGGUCCGAGAGCACGCAGUUCGGUGGAAUUCAACGUUCUCGUUCGUAUGCAAGAUGUACGCAAAUGCGAACACGGGUGUGUUGGAGCCGGCUAAACUACGAGUCUCUGUACGGAAAGAGUGUAAAGGCGGUCGUUCAUACCAGAAGCUGGGCUUCUGCGACAUGAACCUCGCAGAGUUGGCGGGUUCUGGAGAAACGACACGGCGGUGUCUACUAGAAGGUUACGACAAUAAGUCCCGGCAGCGGCAGGAUAACUCUGUUCUUAGGAUACGCAUCAAGAUGAAUAUGAUUUCGGGAGACCCUCUGUUUAAAGUACCUGAAAGCAAACAAGAAGUGUCAGAAGGCAGAUCGGCGGGGACUCCGGACAGCGGAGCGGAUACAGCGCCAACGGCAGACGAUGACUGCGCCUCGUCAACUGCCAGCUCGGGCUUCGGAUCAUUGACUAAGAAGCACAAUUAUGAGGGUAGCCACAAUCAGCCGUUAUCAUCCCUUCCAUCGUGCGAUCUACCUUCGCCUGAUAACGAGGAACCGCCCACAACACUUCCAGAUUGUCCUGGUUUAACCGUAGUAUCGGGAUCAUGCGCCGAAUGUCAUCAACAGCCGCACACACACUCUCGCAACUCGUCCAACACUUCGGGAGACAUGAGCAGCAAGGUAAUGCUGGCAUCAGGGUAUGGGAGUUCCGUGUCGGCUGCGUCUGCUCACUCGAGGCAAAGCUCCGAAGGUGAUUCCGCACCUGACAGACCACAUCACAAUAGCGUGCGCGUGGAACGAACUACGAGGACGACGACCACCGUAUACGUGCCGCGGUGCAAGCACGCGGGCCUCGCCAAGCUGGUCAUAGAACGGACCCUCACUGACACCUCUGACCUGUACCUCUCCCCUCCCUCUGACAUCUCCGAUCCCUAUCUCACCCCCAACGCGACUCUCACGGCACAGCCUGACGUCAUACCGAGGCAUGUCAUCCAUUCCCCCCCUAGCGAAGAGUACAAAACCCCAGACAGCACAAUCCACGACGAUUCAUUCACGAUGCCCACGUACUUCGAUCAGAAGAGGCGUGCUGCAUCGAUAAUAUCGUCAGUAGUAGAACCGCUCACCAACUUCCAAGUUCUCAAACAGAAGUCGCUCAACACGAUUCCAGCUUUAAUAGAGAAGAACAAAAAGAAUGAGGAGCUGUUCACGAACUUUCCCUUCCUAACGCCUCUCGCGCAUAGAAAGAACUCUCUGGUCGCAAACAGGCUCUCCGGUUGCAUAGAAGAUGAGUUCUAUUGCAUUCCAUCUGAGCCCGAGGAUCUGACGGAGAAGAUAGACGUGAGGCAUAGGUUUAGGAGCGUCUCCAACCGGGCGCUAAAUGAGCAGAUGACGUCUACCCCAAAGUCAGAGGUGGAACUUCUAAGGCACAGUGUCGCCGUAUGCGCAAGAAAUCCAUCUUCGGGGUCAUUGACCGCAUCUGCGUCUGAGUCGGGUUCGUUAGAGAGGGCGCGUGCCGCACUCGAGAGACGGAAAAGAGUCGCCGUGCCGCCCGUACAAGACGAUACACAGCAUGCGGUAUCGUGUCGCGUGGAGAACACCCGUGUGAACCCUAAGUCGCUGAUCGAGGAGAUCAUCUCCGCUACCGAUCUCAAACAGGCUGUAGAGGAUCCGGCCGAGACUUCCGGUCUCCAACUGUUCAUAACCCCGGAAGGAACGGCGGAACUUGGUUCGAGGCAGCGUGCAAGACAACUUGCGAGACGAGAUUACCAACGUGUUGUGUUACACCCCCAUCCCAGACCACACCCGAGGGACCACAGGUAGCCAACGGUGUGAAAGUGCGACUCUGCGCGCGCAAUGCAAACCUGACACUUGAUACCUGACGAAAGAUUCGACGCUUAGUGUUCAUUUCGCUUGAGUCCUGGGACUUUGUGAACUAUAACAAAUAUUUUUGCAACGCUUUGUAAGUGUUAGUGUACGAGACUUGCCGCAAUCUAUUGACGCAAAGACGGGAGAGCUUGCUGUCUCUAUUAUUUUCCCUAAUAAAAACAGAGAUAGUUGAAAGCGUAUGAGUGCUGGGUUUAAUCGACUGCUUUUUUGAGAGACAAUUGUAUUAUUUGCCAAUAACUAUUAUGCGUGGAGUAAAGAUUGUGUUGCCAUGGUAACCAUGCCUUUCGCCGUAACCAUGGUAACGAAUCAUUUACUGAACGUUUUAUAAUAUGGUAUAAGAAGGACCUGCCAAUAUUGUGAUCGGCACCCAACCUUAAUAUUGUCGAUAUUCUAAAAACAUUAUUUUCACGUUUAAUCUAAAAUGGGCGAGUUGACUAUAUUGAAUUGCUAUAGGAAUGGAGAUAUAUUUUAGUAUUAUCUUUUAUUAUGAUUAUUUUUAAAGGCGUUAUAUUUGGCAUAAAAUUCGAUGACUACAU